AUGAAGGGACUCAAGAAAGCUAUGAACCUUUCGCGUUCCAAGUCGAACGACUCUAACGGCAACCGCAGCGGAUCGGCAGGCGGAGGAACCGUACCAGCACCCCCUCCCAAAGGUGGCUCCGUACCCGCCAACCCUGCCUAUCAAGGCUCACUCAAAUCCACCAAAAAUGGCCCCAGCUCUGCAUCCAGCUCUUUUAGCUCUCUCUCCAGCUCUGCAACUUCGGCAGCUCCCUCACAUGCCCCUUACAACGUCCCAGUUUACCCUACUGGCCAAGGUACGCCCCAAACUCGUUUGCUUCCCCACGGUGUGAAUAAUCUGGCUGACAAGACGCCGCCUGCUCCUCCUGUCGUCGUCGUCGACGUCUCUUCAGAGAUGCCCGCCGAUCCCAUCCCACACUCGGUCGCAACCGCGUCCCAGCCUUCUUCUUCCAUCACUCCUUUCCAUCAUACAGGCUCUCCAGGUUCCCCUCCUCCUCCAGGCGCCGCUAUGGCUUCCCUCAGCAGCACCGGCAUCGCCGCUUCCGAGCUCGCUACCCCUCCCAAGGCUGCCUCGCUCACCCGAUUGCGUCAGAGCCCCUCCAACUCGGGCCCCAAGGAUACCAUUCCCAUCACUUCCAAAACACCGCCGCGCAAGCAGAGGAGCUCGCGCUUCCAUGUCACAGAAAAGGUCGAGCUCGAGAAGCUUCCACACUUUAACGAGGUGGUCCCCGCGGAUCGACCCGAGCUCUUCGUCCGAAAGCUUCGUCAGUGUUCGCUCGUGUUCGACUUCAACGACGCCAGCCAGGAGCUCGAGGGCAAGCAGAUCAAAGCCGCUACACUACACGAGAUGCUUGACUACAUUACCACCAAUCGCAAAGUCAUCACCGACGAAAUCUAUCCGGAAGUUGUCGCCAUGUUCUCUGCCAACCUUUUCCGCUCCAUUCCACCACAGGUCAACCCGGUCGGUGACGCCUUUGACCCAGAAGAGGACGAACCGGUGCUUGAACUUGCCUGGCCCCAUCUUCAAAUCGUCUACGAGUUCUUUCUCCGCUUCGUCGAGAGCCCCGACUUCAACACCAACAUUGCAAAGAAAUUCAUCGACCACCACUUUGUCUUGCAACUACUCGAGCUCUUUGACAGCGAGGAUCCACGCGAGCGCGAUUUCCUCAAGACAACAUUGCAUCGCAUCUACGGCAAAUUUCUCAACCUCCGAGCCUUUAUCAGACGGUCCAUCAACAACGUCUUUUUCCAAUUCAUCUACGAAACCGAGCGUCACAACGGCAUCGCAGAGCUGCUCGAGAUUCUUGGUUCCAUCAUCAACGGCUUUGCGCUGCCGCUCAAGGAGGAGCACAAGACCUUUCUGACGCGCGUGCUCAUCCCGUUGCACAAGGUCAAGAGUCUCGCGCUCUAUCACCCGCAGCUCGCCUACUGUGUCGUGCAAUUCUUAGAGAAGGACAGCUCGUUGACCGAGGAGGUGUUGCUCGGCUUGUUGAGGUACUGGCCAAAGGUUAACUCGCCCAAGGAGGUCAUGUUCCUCAAUGAGGUCGAAGAGAUUUUGGACGUGAUCGAGCCGUCCGAGUUUGUCAAGGUCGAAGUGCCUCUCUUCCAGCAGCUCCAGCGAUGCAUCAACAGUCAGCACUUCCAGGUCGCCGAGCGCGCUCUGUACUUUUGGAACAACGAGUACAUUGUCAACCUCAUCGGUGACAACGUCCAGGUCAUCUUGCCAAUCGUCUUUUCUUCGCUCUACCAAAACUCGAAAGCACAUUGGAAUCGCACUAUCCAUGGUCUCGUCUACAAUGCGCUCAAGCUCUUUAUGGAGAUCAACCCAGCGCUUUUCGAGAUGUGCACAAACGAGUACAAGCAGCAGCGCCAGAUGGAGAAGCAGAAGCUCAUCGACCGCGAGGAGGCAUGGAAGAGGCUCCGCGACACCGCCAUCAAGAACAGCAAGGCGAUUGGCGUUGAAAUGCCCGCCUCGCUCAAAGAGGAGCAAGCGGCGCCAGCGGGAAGCGUCAACCCAUACGACCUCGAUGCCUUUGACUCGGCGGCUGAUUUAACAGCAGGCGCCGAUAGCCUGUUUGAGCAAAUGGGUCAAGGCAUCAAUGGCGAAGUUUCGACGACCGACUUUGACGAUGUCGAAGCCCACCGCGUUGCACAAGAAACCUCGCAAGCGCAGCAACCUGAUCUUACCAGGGAAGACAGCGUUGACGAUAUGGUACGUUGA